CUCAGUGACCUUCCUCCGACCACAGUAUCCCUGCGCUUUUACCGUGCCUGCAUUCCGCGUCCCGGGUUUCACCUCUGUCGAACCCUGUGCCUCCGCGGCAAAUUUUGCUCACCGCCACAUCGUCCCCACUCAAUAGCCUUCGAUCGUCUCCUCUGAAUGCGCACAGUCCAUGGGAUCACGCCCCACGGUCCCUACGCUGCUCCGCACCUCCUGUCAGGGCCUCUUGCCGUUACCGAGGGACGUCCACGGGCUGAAUCAAUAAGCCUACAUAAGCUCUCCGCUGCUCCGUUACCCCGCAGAGCCCUCCAGUCUCACGCAGGGGCCUGCUUCCGAAAGCACCGCAAUGCAAUAAGCUUUCGACGAUCAGGACAACCUACGCCUUCUCGAUCGACCACAACGCGCAGGGAUCGUCCCAACCCCAGUCGGUAUGCGCCUCAAGUCAGCCCGGACUGCGCGGCUCCGCGCUGGGCGCGGAGGUAUCCAGCUUUUUACGCUCAAGCUCAGAGUCCGCAGGCAUCGUGCGCAAGCGCGUCCGUGUUUUGGCCGUCCGGUACGCUGCAUGCAUGCGGUACCAAUGAGAUGUCAGGUAUGCACAACAAGAGCAUCAUCGCAGCUCACGACGAAAGCCAGCU